AUGAAGGAACGGACAAGGCGACAGGCGACAGAAGCACCAAUAACCCAACAAAUUACAACUGAUCACCGGGAGAGGACAAGACCGUGUGUGAUUAUUCGUCUCGAGGAAAUAGAGGACUGUUUAAUAUACAAUCGACACGGGGUUUCUUUCCAUUUCAAAGAAUUAUAUCAAGAGAGAAAAGCAAUCAUUGUGUUUGUGCGGAACUUCCUGUGUUACACGUGCAAGGAAUAUGUCGACGACUUAAGCAGAAUACCCCGAGACGUGUUGAAGGAAGCUGGCGUUAGACUUGUUGUGAUCGGACAAUCGGCCCAUAGACACAUAGAGUCAUUCUGCUCUCUGACUGGAUACCCCUAUGAAAUAUAUGUGGACCCUGAGAGAUGCAUUUAUAACAAGCUUGGUAUGCAGCGAGGAGAAACCUUUAUGGAAUCUGCCCCCCCGAGCCCUCAUGUGAAGUCCAGUAUGUUGGUGGGCCACAUGAGGAGCGUGUGGAGAGCCGUGGUCAGCCCAGCCUUCGACUUCCAGGGUGACCCCCUCCAGCAGGGGGGCCUUAUAGCCGGCCCAGGCUCUGAGGUCCACUUUGCCCAUCUGGACAUGAACCGUCUGGACCACAUGCCCAUCACCUGGAUGCUGCAGCAGGCUGGAGUGCAGGAGACUCUGGACCUCAGUGACAAGCCCAGGAUCCUCCAUGUGUAGCAUCAUUGUAGUCUGGGCUUGACUGUGUAGCACUCUUGUUGGCCUGAUCUGACUUGGCUGCUUGUGGUCUGGGUUGUAGUCUGGCCUGGCCUGCUUGUGUCUGGGUUCUGGCCUGUCCUGGCCUGCUUGUGUCUGGGUUCUGGCCUGGCCUCUAUCCUGGCAUCAGUGAUGCCAGUGGUUUAGCUCUGAUCAGCUGUGUUUACAUUUAGUCAUUUAGCAGAUGCUCUUAUCCAGAGCGACUUACAGUAUGUAUUCUUACUAUGUGUAUUUGUUGAUAGAAAAUGUCUGGCCACAUUUCCAGAUGGUUAUCUGAUAUACUUAAGUUGAACUUUCACAACUGAUUGAACAUGAUUUUAUGCCAAAAGGAGGAUUAUUUUUUUUUUAUAUAUCUAGAAUGAAUGGUGGAAUUACUAAACAAAUAAUGUACA